AGAGAAGAAAACGCGUCCCUCAUCCACAAUCCUCAAUUUUCAUCUUUCUUGUCUGAUCUGUGAUGUUUCUUAUUUGACCAAGGGUCCAUUAGACACAUAUACGCGGAUUAACACGAGACAUUUGAGAUUUAUUUACAAUCAUUCGGUGCCUAGAAAGAAACCAUGGCGAAUGCACAGUCAGCUUUAACGUUUGCUAUCUGUGUCUUUAUGAUAACCGAGUUGAUCCUUGCCAAAAAGGAUUACUAUGAUAUUCUCGGCGUGCCUAAAGAAGCCACUGAGCGUCAGAUAAAGAAGGCUUUCCACAAGCUCGCUAUGAGGUAUCACCCAGAUAAGAACAAGAGUCCAGAUGCUGAGAUGAAGUUCAGAGAGAUUGCUGAAGCCUAUGAAACCUUAUCAGAUGAGAAGAGGAGAAGAGAGUAUGACCAGGUUGGACAUAACGCAUACUUCAACAGAGAGACCCAGGGAAGAAAGAGGCAGAACGUCCACCAGCCUUUCAACUUCAACUUGGACGACAUGUUCAAGGACUUUGACAUCCACAGCCAGAACAGGCAUGCCCGGCAUCGGAGAAACUUUGAGGAGCACUUCAGGUCCCACCAGGAGCUCCACAGUAAACACAAGAGACAUGUCCAGGGGUCUUUUGGAGCGGGGGUCUUCGAUGACGUUUUUGAGGACAUGGAGAGAAUGUUCACCUUCAAAAAGCAAGCCAAGCAAAGUGACAGUGGGUUUCAGAGUGCGUCAAAACAGCAUUGUAGAACAGUGACCCAGAGAAGAGGAAAUAUGGUGACCACUUACACAGACUGUACUGGGUCUUAAUACAGUGUAUCAAACUGAACUUUAUUGAUGAUUAACCUGUCCGAGGUUUGGUCGUCUGUCUGUUGACCAAAAACUGUUUCCUUCAGUUGCUGUAUUAUGUUUAACCUCAGAAUGGAGACAUGACACAUACACUGUAUACCCAGUUAAAUAUGCUCUUACAGAUGGUAGUUAACUGUCAGUAAAUGUUAUCUCCAUGUAUUUUAUAAGGACAGGUCAAGUAAGUUAUUUCGAUAUAUUUAAAAAAAGCUGAUGCUGGGAAAGCAUCUGUAAUGCAGCGGUGAUAGUAUUUUUGUGAGCACUUUUUAAUGGCUGGAUGUGAAAGCGAUCUUAAGAAAAGAGAUGAGCUUUAUAUUUCCAGAGAAAAACCCUGAUAUUGGUUGAAUACCUCCACUCACUACAGCUACCACUUCUAGUCAUUCUUUGUACAGUGUGUGUUCUUUGUGUCCGGCAUUGUUUUCUAUUGUGUUCCUCUGCAGAAGGCAGAGGAACACAAGGCAGACAACAAUAGCCAAAAGUGCUAUUUUGCUUAUUAUUGUGCGCUGGGGAACAAUGUAAACAAAGGUCUGCUGCUCUGCAUGUUUGCCCUUUUCCUGUUGUUGACUGGUGUCUUUACCACUUAUUUUGUGUAAUUCGAUACUACAUUCAAUAUAUUUAAAAGAUGUGGUUUGAUUUUACUAUUUGGAAGCCAAGCUGACCUGUAGUUUCCAUCAGGUGGCCUUAUGGAAUCGUCACGCAGGACAAGCAUGUUUAACUGACGCCUAGUAACAAACAUGUCUAUAAUCCUAAUGUCUUGAAUAAUGUAUUGUAUAAUACAUAUAGCACUUUCAUUUCUGUAUAUAUAAUAUUCGAAUCUUGAAUGUAUGUUUUACAUUAUGAAUGUUUUGAAAAAUAAAAGGUUUCAAUUCAGAA